GUUUGCACAUCUGUUUAGCGUUAUCGGUCACGAAGAGCGAAUUAUUGUGUUCGCGCGUCGCACUAACUUCAUCAAGCAGAAAAUCGAACAACAGUCAAAAUUCCAUAUGUCGCCUCGACUAUUGCGACAAGUAGAGUGAAAGCAUGGAAAGUAAAAGUGAGGAGGCUGAACGGAUAAAUCUUACAGGAAGCGGGGUGGGAGGAAAAGAAAUCCGAAUUGUCAACAGGGAGAAAAGAAGCGAGCCCGUGUUAAGUGUGGUAGACAUAUUGCUAUCAAUUUUUGUGGUGACGCCUCUUGUUGUUGCCAGCUGGAGAGGAUUAUGGGGGCUUAUGGAUUUUUACGGAUUUUAUUUCCCACCGUUUUCGAUUUUCGUUGUCGGAAUUACUAUUCAUGUAAUCUUAGCUUUAUGUCAGGACACCCUCCAUGAUGCUAUCAUUGAAUCCGAAAAACAUUGGACUUUGAAACUAGUAUCACAUUUCUUAAGAAGAUUCUACACCUACAUAUUUCUAAUUAUAACUAUAUUCCAUUGGAGAGGGGGUUGGAUGAUUUUGGAUUAUUAUACAAAUGUACAGUAUACUGAUGAUGGAGUAACAAAAAAGGAAAAUUCCCAAUGGAUUUUAUUGAUUUGUACUGGAUGUUUUAUAACGCUGGCUUGCAUGAAAGGAUUGAGAAAUGCCACAGCACCACCUUACGGCAUCUGUUUGGAUAAAGGGAAUUUUGUGUUCAAAUUUCCCACAAUGUUCAAAUUUAAUGCUCAAACAAAUACGAUGCUUUACCUUCUAGACUGCUUGUUUUCCGUGGCUGUAGUAGGUAACCUAGUCAUUUUUUUCUGGAGGGGAUUGUGGGUAGUAACUGACAUAAUUAUAUUACCAGACAAUUUUAUUCAGUCAUCAUGGGCAAGCUUGGUAUUGGGACUUCUACUAGUUGGUUUGGUCUAUAGGCUACAAGCUUGCAUGAAAAAGCUGUGCACAUCGUUAAAAGGCUUCGCCAAGCUUUUUAUAGCUGAUUUUUAUAUUUUACUUUCAAUUGUUAGCACACUUCUGUUUUGGAGAGGAGUAUGGAACUUGUUAAUAAUAUAUUUUUUGCCAGACAAUCCAUUGUGGAGUUGUAUUUUGUCGCACUUUAUUGGACUGACGUUCCUGUUAGUGUUGGGCUGUUCGAAUUCAAUGCUAGUUAGGGGAGUUUAUAAAGAUGGGAAGGAGCCAAAUGGAGAAUGUGUCGUAUUUCCCUGUCAUUAUUUGAGGAUAUUAUUUGAAGAAGAAUAUUCUUAUAAUGACAGCAGCAGUGAGAGUAGCGUUACGAAGUUGUAUACCGAAGUUGAGACUGCAUAAAAUGAUUGAACCCGUCUUGAAGUAAAGUAUCAGAUUGCUUUAAAACUGUAAAAUAAGUUGUUGUAAUACGGUGAUAAAUUUUGUAUUAAAAAUAUAUAAUUAUAGAUACUC